GCCAGCCAUGCUUUCUCCGGUCUCUCCUCCUACUCCCUCCCCCCUUGAAUCCAGUCCUGGUUUCCCAGAAGCCAGCCUCCCUUUCCUCUUUGCCCCUCCCCCCUCCGCCCUGCAGGUGGCGACUUGGGGUGGUGGUGUCAGCUGGUCAUCAACCCAAGCUGGCCCAGUCCGGGCGACUCCAGAUCUCGCUGCUGCCCGACCCAGGUAGGACUCCAGAAGCUGGGGAGGCGGGCAGGGUACAGCUGGCAGCCUCCCGGAGGACAAUGCACCCAGCUCUUAGCCAUCCCCGCUCGGUCUCUGUCUUGUCCUGGUCCAGCUCCGUCCUGCCGCUCCCAGCCGCCACCGGGUCGCAGCCCUUCUUUCUCCAGGGGGGUUUCCCUCGUGGCGGGAGAGGCUCCGGCGACAGCAACACCAGCACCAGCGCCAGUACCAGCGUGGGGGAAAGCCGCGGCGGGAGCAGCGGUUCCCCCAGCUGCAGCACCGGCGCAGAGCGGGAGGACAACGACAACCAGAGCGUCAGUAUAAGCAAACCACUGGUUCCCACUGCCGCCACUGCUGGGAUCGCGGGACCCCUAGCCCCAAACGCUGACCCAGCAGCGCGUGUGGCUUUCUCCUCCUCGGCCGCCACCCCCUCCUCCACGCCCACCUACUCCUGCAAAAUGACAGCAGCGGACGUCAGUGGGAGUGCUGCCAGGGGCAUCUUCAGUGGGGGUGCUGCCGGGAGUGUUGGGGGCCCCGGGGCCCGCUUGGCUGGUGGCGCAGGGACCAGCAGCGGCGCCUCCUGCUGUUCGUGCUGCUGCUGGUGUAGCCACAAGGCCCUGGCACCGCCAGACUACAGAGGCCAGCAUCACAGUGGCGGCUGCGCCCCUAGUUCGGGGUGUCGUUGGGGCUACCAGGCACUGUCCGUGGUGCUGCUUUUGGCACAGGGAGGGCUACUAGACCUGUACCUCAUCGCAGUCACCGACCUGUACUGGUGUUCCUGGAUUGCCACCGACCUGGUGGUGGUGGUGGGCUGGGCCAUCUUCUUCGCCAAGAACAGCCAGGGCCGUCGGGGCAGUGCUGGGAGCCAUCACCAGCACCACAAUCAUGCCUCGCCGCCCCUGCACCUGCCCGCUGCUUCCAUUGGGGCUGCAGCAGGGACCAAGGCUCACAGUGGCCACAGGGACUCCGGAGGUCCAGGGGGUGGUUUAGGGGCGGCUGAGGCGGUGGGCGAGUUUGCCUUCGCCUACCUGGCCUGGCUCAUCUACUCCAUCGCCUUCACGCCGAAGGUGGUGCUCAUCUUGGGCACGUCCAUCCUGGACCUCAUUGAGCUGCACGCACCCCUGGGCACCACAGGCUUCCGCCUUACUAUGGCGCUGUCGGUGCCUCUGCUCUACAGCUUGGUGCGGGCCAUCAGCGAGGUGGGCACUCCCCUGAGUUCAACAGGCCCCUUGAUCCUGCAGCCCCAGCAACACCGCGCCUCGGGAUGUUUCCUAGGCACGUGUCUGGAUCUGCUUGACAGCUUCACCCUAGUGGAGCUGAUGUUGGAAGGCCGCGUGCCACUCCCCACACACCUUCGUUACCUGCUCAUCAUAGUUUACUUCCUCACCCUCUCCUCGCCCGUGCUUUGGCUGUAUGAACUCAACGCGGCAGCAGCCUCAGCCGCAGCUUUGUCCUGGGACCAGACUCCUGGACCUGGCAGCUGCAGCCGCCUUCUGCGCCUACUGGGCGGCUGCCUGGUGGACGUGCCCUUGCUGGCGCUGCGCUGCCUCCUGGUGGUGAGCUACCAGCAGCCCCUCUCCAUUUUCAUGCUCAAGAAUCUCUUCUUCCUUGGAUGCCGUGGCCUGGAGGCCCUAGAAGGCUGUUGGGACCCUGGAAGUCCAGCUUCUUCCAGUCGGGCUUCUUCCAAUCGGGCCCGAGGGUGCUACGGCGCUCCACCCUCUGCCCCGCCUCCACUGCCACCUCUACCACCACCUCAGGGAGGCUCUCAGCUGAGUCACUGUAUCACAGAGAACAAUGAGGCAGGGGCCAUGGCUAUGUCAACACCCUAGAUGUGGCCUCACAGAAUUAAGGGGAAUAACGGAGGUGGGGCUUGCUUUUCAGUUGAGAGACCUCAGCUCCCUUGUCCUCUAACCUUCUCUCACCCAGGUUACAUCAAGAUUUGUUUAGAAGAGGUAACUGUUGUCCAGCCCAUGUGGCUCUAGUGGUUGAGCGUGGACCUAUGAACCAGGGAGUCACGGUUUGAUCCCCCAUCGGGGCACAUGUCC